GGUCAUAUAUAAUAUACGUUUCAUUCAUCUUCCUGUCGGCAUUCCUCCUCCGCCAUUGUUCCAUCCGAUGCCUUCCCAGUCAACGCCGCCGCAGACCCGCCGGAAGUCGACCGCUUGGCCGUCCUCCUUCUUCAUCUACUUCCUAUCCCCUGUUUUAGUAGCCACUCUGCUCGUCUACCAUCUGGACUCGUUCGACCCAGUCCACCUCCCUCUCCACGAGUUGACCCAGCCUCCCCUCAAAGCUCCCUUCACCAACCACGCCAUCCUCAAAAGCUCCGAGCUUGUCGGUCAGGGUCAGCUCAACGCACCCGAGGACAUCCUCUACGACGCCGUCUCCGGCGUCUUCUACACCGGCUGCGCUGACGGGUGGAUCAAGCGAGUCACGGUCAACGACUCGGUUGCUGAUAUGGCGGUGUCAAACUUGGUCAACACCGGCGGCCGGCCGCUUGGACUCGCUCUCGACCGAACCAGCAAUGCUUUGAUUGUAGCUGACGCUUACAAGGGGUUGCUUAGAGUGAGCGGGGAUGGAGAAAUCGAAGUUCUGACGGUGGAGGCAGAAGGGGUGAAAUUCAAGCUGACGGACGAGGUCACCGUAGCAGAAGAUGGGACAAUCUAUUUCACGGAUGCUUCUUUUGACUACAGUGUGGCGGAAUCCAGCUUUGACAUUUUGGAAGGGAAGCCCCGUGGUCGGUUGCUGAGAUACGAUCCUGCUACUAAACAGACCGAAGUUCUGCUCCAUAACCUCUACUUUGCUAAUGGAGUUGAGGUUUCACCUGAUCAACAGUCCCUCGUCUUCUGCGAAACACCCAUGAGAAGGUGCAGAAAAUACUACAUAGAUGGGGAGAAGAAGGGGAAGGUGGAGAAAUUUGCUGAUAAUCUGCCUGGAUUCCCAGAUAACAUCCACUAUGAUGGUGAAGGCCACUAUUGGAUUGCGAUUCCAGGGGGAGCUAAUGCCCUGCUGGACUAUACAUUCAGACAACCCAUUCUCCGGAAGACUAUGGCAAUCCUCACAAAGCACCUGGGGCCACUACACUCGGAGAAGAACAGUGGGGUUUUCGUAGUGGAUUUGGAGGGGAAACCUGUGGCACAUUACAGCGAUCCACAACUCGCCAUGCUCACCAGUGGAGUCAAGAUUGGAACUCACUUGUAUUGCGGCUCCAUCGUACACAACCACAUCCUUCGCCUUGAUCUGGCUAAGCAUCCAGCACAGCCCACCACAUGAACAUAAUAGCAAACAAGGAAAUGAUCGAGAAACAUAAACCUCAAACGUAGUUGCUGCUCCUGCUGCGGCACUUGUAAUGAU